AUGUCUCCCACGGCUCUCAACAACUCCAACGGUCACCAUGACUCGUUCACCCUGCCUCCCAACGCGGAGCGCAAGGUCCACCCCUCGGCCGCUCGUGCUCCCGCCGACCUGAUCAAGGUCGAGUCGGACUCUACCGAGUACACUCCCGAGGGUAUCAAGUCCAAGUUCACCGACCGCGGCGCCGAGGUCGUCAAGGACAAGGACGGCAAGUACACUGUCAAGAAGACGGAGAACACGUUCGAGUUCUUCACCAAGACCAAGGUCGGCCGCGUCGGUCUCAUGCUCGUCGGUAUCGGCGGCAACAACGGUACCACUGUUGUCGCUACCAACCUCGCCAACAAGCACGGCAUCUCGUGGCACACCAAGGACGGCGAGCAGCAGCCCAACUACAUUGGCUCGCUCGUCCGCGCCUCGACCGUCCAGCUCGGUGUUGACCCCGAGACCGGCAAGUCGAUCUACGUCCCCAUCUCGGACAUGCUCCCCAUGGUUCACCCCAACGACUUUGUCAUCACCGGUUGGGACAUUUCGUCCAUGCCCCUCGACCAGGCCAUGGCCCGCGGCAAGGUGCUCGAGUACGACCUGCAGCGCCAGCUCGCCCCUUACAUGAAGGACAUGAAGCCCCUCCCCUCAAUCUACUACCCGGACUUCAUUGCCGCCAACCAGUCUGACCGUGCGGACAACCUGAUCCCCGGCAACGACAAGCAGGCGCACCUCGAGCAGAUCCGCAAGGACAUUCGCGAGUUCAAGCAGAACGAGAACCUCGACAACGUCAUUGUUCUCUGGACCGCCAACACUGAGCGUUACGCCGACAUCAUCCCCGGUGUCAACGACACUGCCGAGAACCUGCUGAACGCGAUCAAGUCCUCGCACGAGGAGGUUUCUCCCUCGACCAUCUUUGCUGUCGCGUCCAUGCUCGAGGGUGCUCCCUUCAUCAACGGCUCGCCCCAGAACACCUUUGUUCCUGGUGCCAUUGAGCUCGCCGAGCAGAAGAAGGCCUUCAUCGGCGGUGACGACUUCAAGUCUGGCCAGACCAAGGUUAAGUCGGUUGUUGCCGAGUUCCUCGUCAACGCCGGUAUCAAGCCCCUCUCGAUCUCGUCGUACAACCACCUCGGUAACAAUGACGGCAAGAACCUGUCGUCUGCGCGCCAGUUCCGCUCCAAGGAGAUCUCCAAGUCGUCGGUCGUCGACGACAUGGUCGCGGCCAACCCGGUCCUGUACGACCACACUGCGACCAAGGAGAAGCCCAAGGGCGAGCACCCCGACCACAUUGUCGUGAUCAAGUACGUUCCCGCCGUUGGCGACUCGAAGCGCGCCAUCGACGAGUACUACUCUGAGCUCCUCAUGGGUGGCCGCAACGUCAUGAACAUCUUCAACGAGUGCGAGGACUCUCUGCUCGCCACGCCCCUCAUCUUUGACCUGGCCAUCCUCGCCGACCUCCUGACCCGUGUCAGCUACCGCGAGGUGCCCAAGAACGGUGAGGCCGGCGAGUUCCAGCCCCUGUACUCUGUCCUCUCGCUGCUCAGCUACAUGCUCAAGGCGCCCCUCGUCAAGCCCGGCACCGACGUCGUCAACUCGCUCAACCGCCAGCGCAACGGCCUCGAGCAGUUCCUCAAGGCCUGCCUCGGUCUCGAGAACAACGGCGACCUCCUCCUCAACACCCGUGUCUGGUGA